AUGCAGAACUUUGGAAAGCAUGUUACCAACCAGCUGCCCCCUGAAUUCAAAACAGCUGCUGGGGUCUCGGGAAAGGGGGGGGACGACGACACCACCCUGAUCUCUUUUUUCUUUUUCAGGGGCUUCGGAAAGCAGGGAUUCCAGUGUCAAGUCUGCUGCUUUGUGGUACACAAGCGGUGCCAUGAGUUUGUCACCUUCUCCUGCCCGGGUGCUGACAAGGGCCCCGCCUCUGACGACCCCCGGAGCAAACAUAAGUUUAAAAUCCACACCUACUCCAGCCCGACGUUCUGUGACCACUGUGGGUCGCUGCUGUACGGACUCAUCCAUCAGGGGAUGAAGUGUGACACCUGCAUGAUGAACGUGCACAAGCGCUGUGUGAUGAACGUCCCCAGCUUGUGCGGCACGGACCACACCGAGCGCCGCGGCCGCAUCUACAUCCAGGCGCACAUCGACAGAGAAGUCCUCAUCGUGGUCGUUAGAGAUGCUAAAAACCUUGUCCCUAUGGACCCCAAUGGCUUGUCCGACCCCUAUGUAAAACUGAAACUCAUCCCUGAUCCCAAAAGCGAGAGCAAGCAGAAGACCAAAACCAUCAAAUGCUCCCUCAAUCCCGAGUGGAAUGAGACCUUCCGAUUUCAGCUAAAGGAAUCGGACAAAGACAGGAGGCUGUCGGUGGAGAUCUGGGACUGGGACCUGACUAGCAGAAAUGACUUCAUGGGGUCGUUGUCAUUUGGGAUUUCUGAACUGCAGAAAGCUGGUGUGGAUGGCUGGUUCAAGUUGCUGAGCCAGGAGGAGGGAGAGUACUUCAAUGUGCCUGUACCACCGGAAGGAAGCCAGGGAAAUGAGGAGCUGAGGCAGAAAUUUGAGAGGGCCAAGGUAGGCCAAGGAAACAAGACUCCCGAAGAAAAGACCACCAACACCAUCUCCAAGUUUGACAACAACGGUAACAGGGACCGGAUGAAACUGACCGACUUCAACUUCCUCAUGGUGCUGGGGAAAGGCAGCUUUGGCAAGGUGAUGCUCUCUGAGAGGAAGGGCACGGAUGAGCUGUACGCAGUGAAGAUCCUGAAGAAGGAUGUGGUGAUCCAAGAUGACGACGUGGAGUGCACGAUGGUGGAGAAGCGGGUGCUGGCCCUGCCCGGCAAGCCGCCCUUCCUGACCCAGCUCCACUCCUGCUUCCAGACUAUGGACCGCCUGUAUUUUGUGAUGGAGUACGUGAACGGGGGCGACCUCAUGUACCACAUCCAACAAGUCGGCCGGUUCAAGGAACCCCAUGCUGUAUUCUACGCUGCAGAAAUUGCCAUUGGUCUGUUCUUCUUACAGAGCAAAGGGAUCAUUUACCGUGACCUAAAACUUGACAACGUCAUGCUGGAUUCCGAGGGCCACAUCAAGAUUGCCGACUUCGGCAUGUGUAAAGAGAACAUCUGGGAGGGGGUGACCACCAAGACCUUCUGCGGUACUCCAGACUACAUUGCCCCAGAGAUCAUUGCUUAUCAGCCUUAUGGGAAGUCGGUGGAUUGGUGGGCUUUCGGAGUCCUGCUGUAUGAGAUGCUGGCUGGACAGGCACCUUUUGAAGGGGAGGAUGAAGACGAGCUGUUCCAGUCCAUCAUGGAGCACAAUGUGGCUUACCCCAAGUCCAUGUCCAAGGAAGCAGUGGCCAUCUGCAAAGGGCUGAUGACCAAGCACCCAGGCAAACGUCUGGGCUGUGGCCCAGAGGGAGAACGAGACAUCAAAGACCACGCUUUCUUCCGGUACAUCGAUUGGGAGAAACUGGAACGCAAAGAGAUUCAGCCUCCGUAUAAACCAAAAGCUUGUGGGCGAAAUGCUGAAAACUUCGACCGAUUUUUCACCCGCCAUCCACCCGUCCUAACACCUCCUGACCAGGAAGUCAUCAGGAAUAUUGACCAAUCAGAAUUCGAAGGAUUUUCCUUUGUUAACUCUGAAUUUUUAAAACCUGAAGUCAAGAGCUAAGUAGAUGUAUAGACCUCCGUCCUUCAUUUCCUGUCAUGCAAGCUCAAAUGGCUAUUGUGGUGACCUUUAUUUUGUUUCUGUUUGUUCGUUUUAUUUCGUUUUGUUGGUUUCAUUACCAGAUCACAUCCAUAUUUUGUUUUCUGAUGAGACCGGAGUGACCAAUGUUUCAGAACCCAAAUGUCUUUCAGGUAGUUUGGAGCAUCUCUACGAGAUGGAAUUAUGCAAAUGGCCAGUAGAAAAUGUCAGCUGCAUAAUCGAGGACCACCCUCCCCCCCCCCCCCACAGCAUGUCAGCUCUGCGGACCCAGUGGGAAGAGGAAAAUGCUUGCUUUCCCUCCCUCAUGUCUGCACUGCCCUCCUCACCCCUACCAUCCCAUCCAGAUCCAUCCUUACAGGAUAAGAGCGAUGAAUCGGAUGCUUUCAGUACCCUUCUGCUUCUAAGCUUGGAGUUUGGGCUGGGUCCAAGUCUAUGGUUCUUUGCCCUGAAGGGAAUUCCUCCACACUGUCUGUUCUGGAGCUUUGAAAAGAACAUGCUAAAAAUAUUUUUUCCCCUUCUUUUUCAACUCGAACUGACAAAGCUUAUCUAAGUCCUUCGAAAAAAUUCAAGAGGGUGCUUUCUGGACAGUUCCAAAUUAAAAGCGCUAUCAUGGGUCAAAGAAAAAAAAAACAGCUUGGGCAUACAUUCCAUGCUAUUAUUCCUGAUAAUUUAUGACACCGAUCUCCUUGUCCCUAAACUACAGGGAAAGAGCAUUUGGUACUCUUCCUCUGAAGCAAAUUGGUCACUCUAGCAAGGUCCUAACGGGCUAUUGUUUUACAUUUACUCAUUUCAAACUUUAUUUGCUUUGGGAUUAUUCUUUUUGUUGUUGCUCAAAUGCCAAAAAAAAAAAGUUACUCGGUUUGUUACACAUGCUUAAAAAAAUCAAUGUCCAAAUGUUAUUAACCACAGUAACCUGCUUUGAUUCCCUCUCCCCUUCCCCUACCCCCAAGAAGAUGGCCGUAGGGGCCAGCACACUCAGGCUGCGGGAAAGGGGGCUUUCUCUAGGUCUCAUGCUGGCUUUGCAGAGCUCAUUAAAUCCUUCCAAGACUGACAGAAUCUCUUGAAGCAAGGCAAUCAUGUUUCUUCACUUUGAUGUUGUUUUUGAAGAUGUUUGUAGAAAUGUUUAUUUGUAUUUGGAUAUCUAUUAUGUGCCCUUUUUCUUCUAGCAUCAAGCUACAAUAAUAAUAAUAAUAAUAAUAUAAUAUAACAGAAAAAAAGAAGAAAUAUUAUUUCAAGGAAAACUACUGUGGACCCAAACUACAAAGUAGGGCCCGAAGAAGGAACUCAGGAGAAAGAAAAGAAAUCCAGAACUUAAAUGGAAUCCUGUUAUGCAGCCAGUUAGAGAACACUUGCUAGGACCCAUGUAGGGACUCUUGGUGACUUGAAAUGGGUAGAAUAGGUGCCCUGGCCAGAGCUCAAAGCCUAUAGUUCUGUGAGAUUCAACUUUAAAGGCCUUAGAGGUUCCUGGCUGGGGCUCUCGCUCUUCUCAUCAAAAUCAUCACUCCCCCCUCAGCUUGGAUGAAAUAUUCUUUUUAGCAAGAAGCUCUGUGAUUGCCCAGAAGCCCAAGGAAAUCCCUUAGGAUGGAAGAGAAUUAACUCAUUUCCAUCUGAGUGCAAGGGGAGGGGGGUGGGGAGGAACUACCACUCCCCCGCUAUUUGCAAGAGGCCCUAAAGGGAAUUCUUAUCACAGGUCAAGAGAUUUCCAGAAGCUUCUGGUUUCUGAGAAAUCAGCAAGGGACCUUUUAGAACGUUACCACGUCCUUGAUCGGGAUGCUUCUCCUCCAGAAGAGAGACCACC